UUCAGAGAGGGUAAGAAAAUGGCGCAUCAGAAGAGGGAGUAUUUCUGCCGGCCAUGGAACUGGCUAGAAUUCCUGCGCCUCCUCCUGUGCAUUGCAGUCAUCGCCAUGUUUGCUGCAAAAGAGAUUAUGCGUGUCAGUUAUGUCGACCAGCUAAAAGACGUCAACGGUCAGUUUGUCAGCUUCCGCAGCAUUGCAGUCAUCAGCGAUGUCUUCACUUCUCUGAUGGCCCUUCUUGUCUUCGUCAUGACGCUUCAGUUCAUGUCACUGUUGAGCUUCAACCGCCUCAUCGGGGUAUUUUUUCACACGCUGCAAAAUGCAGCCCAUAAGAUCGCCACCUUUUCCAUCAUGUUUCUGCUGAUGCUUGCAGCUUUUGGCACUAUGGGGUUUCUGGUAUUUGGAGCUGAAGCGGAAAACUACAAGUCCUUUCCGUCAUCCGCCCGGACUUUGCUACUCAAGAUGUUUGGGAACGUUGACUACGUUGACGUGUCUCCCGGCCACGUAGUUAUUUGCCGCCUGUAUUUCCUAAGUUUCGUGGUAGCGGUGGUAAUUGUUCUAUCCAACAUGUUUGUCACCAUCUUGGAUGACCAACUGGCUACGUCCAAGAGCAACCCUGGCGGUCCUGGUGGGGAUAGUGACAUGGGUGACUUCAUGGUCAACAGGUUUCUGCAGUUCCUGGGGAUCAACACUGCAACUAGACCUCCUAAAGGCAGUGAAAACUCUAGAGAUGAAGAAAUGGCAAAACAGCUACAGGAUCUUGAGGACAAGCUGGAGCUGAUGCUAAAGAAGAUCAACGAUAUAUAAAUCCGGCGAAUGGCAAAAGCAAUCUCUUUAGUUUAUAAUUAGAUCAUGUUGAUUUGAUUACGUAUAGGACAUCCGCAUCAAUAUUAUUUCAUUACAAAACAAAGGUUUUCCAUCACACUACAAAUCGUACGAAACAACUUCAAAACGAGCACAUAUACAUGUCGUAAAUUGUAAAACAUUGUCAGAAAACGGAUACUAAUGUCGUAGAAUACCAUUGUCAAAUCCAAAGUCAAAGAAGAUGUGAAGGAAGAAAAAUGAAGUAUCCAUUGUUUAGUAAAUCAUACUCUGUGUGUUUAGUGAUUUGUUUAUCAAUAUGAAACCUUCCUAACCAUAAUGUAGGCAACUUUUUGAGGGGUCAUUCGCACCAGUUACGAUGUCAUCCAUGUCAUCAGUGCGGGCUUAUUUAGAUGAACCCGGCGUAUUAUAUGAACAAAUCAAAUUAUUGGGAUAAAUUUCAAAAUAAUAUGUUAUUCAGUUUAUGGAACCAUAGCCAUGACGGAAACGUAUUCUUCAUGUAAUCCACAUAUCGUUUAAUACCUCAGAUUUAAUGUAAUGAGGAUAUAUCGUCCGUGCACGUGGUAUUCGAGAGAUAUGUCUCCUUA